AUGACGACAAAAGCUGAAGUUGACUCAGAAACCAUACCAAGCAUCAGGCCAGAACUUGACGAGUUCAUAGAAGGGGCAGUCAAUAUUACUAACACGUUAUCAUCUUUCGUUCCAAUACUUGGCACU